AGGGACACAGGCCGCGCCUGUGGACAGCCGGUGCCGCCUCCCCUUAGGAGAGCCAGGUGGGUGCCGGGAGGGGCGCAGGCGGCAGGGCGGCCCCGAGGCUCUGGCGACGGCAGCCGGAGGACUCGGGGCGGGACCUCGGCAGGGGCAGCCAGCGCUGGGCACGCGAGGCCGGCCGGCGGCCGGGCCCAGCAGCAGGGCAGAGGGCCAGCAGGGCCCCGGGUGACGCCAGAGCGGGCUGGUUAGCCAGCGCUGCUGCGCCUCACGAGUCCGGAGCGUCCUCUGCUAGCCUGUGGAGCUGCGGCCCUCGGAGGACAGACGCUGUGCGCCCAACAGAGCCCCCGAGACCACGCUGCCCCCUUGGCUAGCGCCCUCGGGAGCCAGCCUGGGAUGGAGGGUGAAGGCGGCCCGCGAGGACGCAGCAGCGAUGACCUCGGGUCGCCGCCUGGAGGGCCACACCUGAAGGACAGUGAGGCCAGCUGCCCGCCUCCCGGCUCGUCGCCCAGGGGCGGGGCACCACCACCGCUUCCGCCGGGCCAUGGGGCCGUGCGUGCCGCCGCCGCUGCUGCUGCUGCUGCCAGCGCUGCUUUGCUGGGCCGAGGAGAGCGCGCAGUCACAGGCCGCGGCCUCGCCGCAGCCCGCCACGACGAAUGGGAGCCAGACGAGCGCGCCGCACAACAGCACGCAUGCGUGGCCUCCAGGCGCGCAGGGCUCGCCGCUGCUGCGCUCCUUCUACGUGCUCACGGGCUUCUGUGGCUUGGCGGCGCUCUACUUCCUCAUCCGGGCAUUCAGGUUGAAGAAACCACAACGGAGAAGGUAUGGGCUCCUGGCCAACACCGAGGACCCCACCGAGGUGGGCUCACUGGACAGUGGCGAUGAGGAGACGGUCUUUGAGACAAGGAACCUGAGAUGAUGCCGAAGGAGGCAGGCGUUCUGAUGGGCCACGGGGAAGGUGGAGAGACGGGCCAGCUGUCCUCAGGCUUUGGUGCUUCCCAGCACUCUGGUGGGAGCCUGUGCAGCCUGUCCAAAGCCGCCUCCAUCCCAGCCUGGAAGACCGGGCCUCCCCUCCCCAGAUGCUGCCCUAGCCUGGCAAAGGGAAGUAUGUUGAAGCCCAGGGACCCAGCAGCCACCUGGGACUCGUGAAGUCCCCAGCUUGACUUGUGCCACUCCCCUUCCUGCAUGGAGAUGUGGCAGCCCUGCACUGAGGCCUGGUGGCAGAUGGACUGAGGGGCAGUCUCAGCACCUUUCUGCUGGGCUGGGGACAAUAAAGGAGGCAUUGGCUGUGUGUC